CAAUGUUUUCGCAGAGGCUUUACAAGACCAAGCGACGACGUGGGCGAGGUCAACUUUGUCUGAAAUGGUAGCUUCGCCACACUCGACGGCCGUUUCCAUCUCCGCCUGGUUUCCGACAGAAAUAAACGCUGCUGCGAGGGCAUCUGGCGCGCCGAUUGCGACUGAGAGGAGCAUGAGCCUUCUUAGGGGUAUUCGGGAGCACGGUGGAGCCAGCCUUGGAACCCAGUCAUAAAAUCAACUCCAUGGAAGCCUUCUUGGCUUUCGCGAACCUCUCGACCCCUAGGCUCGAUUAUGGAGACACCACAUACUAUCUGCGGGCGAAUUCUAAUACCAUGCCCUGAUGAGAGAGUUGUAAACCCAAGUUGGAACAACGAACAGGUCGGCAAGAUCGCAACACAAUCGCCACUUUUCGAACGACAAAUACUGCGACUUCAGCAAGACAGCAAAUACAAGUGGACAAUACAUUUGAAAGACACGGAUGAUUUUCGUAACGAUGAAUUUAGCGCGUUCAUUGCUAAGCUAGGGCAACCAUGCGAACAGUCCACGGGCAUGGGAGUCGAAAGGUUGUGCAGCCGCUGCAGUGCUAUGUGGUAUUUCCAAAUCGUUCCUUCAAAAGUUCAUCUUGCAACAUUUGCCACAAAUGCCGAAGGACACUCAAUCGCUUCGGGUUCUCAGGUCUCAACAAUCUCAUCUGUGCCCACUCCUGCAUCUGGGAAUUCAGCAUCUCGAGUAGUAACAAGCUCCGAAACUUCAGGCAGUGAACGAGAACGUUGGUGCUGGAAUAGCAACGGUGAUCACACGUCUCGGGAGACUUCUCUGAAACUGGCAAACGUCGCUCUCGUUCUCGGCUGGAAAGAGGUGUUUAAGAAGGAAUUAAAAACAGUGGUAUGGAACUGGCCCCAAGAGACUCUGGGAGAACCAGAUACGCCAAUUCAUUAUCUGCAGAAAGAUAGCGCGAAAGGACUGAAUAGGAGGAGGAAACGGGAAAUGAAAGAGAUUAGAGAUUGGUUUGACUCGUACCAAGCGAACAAUUCGAAACUCCCCCAGAAGGUCAAGGAGACCCUACAAGAAAAGUGUCGCAAGGAAUUCGACGACAAGAAUCCAUACUCAUGGAUGAUAUCACUGCAAAACACGCUGCUACCAAGUGAUAGGCUUCCCCGGCACGAUUCCGCAUUAUCUCAGCAGUCUGCAGCGCCGGCAAAAAUCCACAACCACCACCACCACCGCGGUGGGAAUCCCUCAGGCUCGGGGGCCCUCAAAUACUUCCAGAAAAAGGCCAUACAAUGGUCAGAUCACCCCGAAAUUAAGAAGGCAGUGGAGGAAAUGCUCACAGGAGCCCACAACUACAUUGAAGAGCGACAAAAUACGGUGGCAGAGAAGUUGUGGGUUUGGAGAGACGAACAGGUCAAGAGCUGGGAAGAUGUGUUGGAAGAGAGAUACCCCAAUGAGACACCAAAUAGUGUGGAUAUACAGGCACCGGCAGCAAACGGGCUCGGGGAGCAACCCCAGCCUGCGCCGGAAGGUAGUUUCAUUGGAAACAAGUUGUUGGAUCAAUGAUGAUCGUGAUUCAAGGCUUGAGGGAGGACUGCGUGUCCGGCUAGGAGCCGCGAAGCGCUUGCCGGACCCGUGUGUUUUAUUUUUGCGAGAAUGAUCAAAAAGCUGUUGGCACUGAAAUGUUUGGAAGGAAGGAUGGGGAGGGAUACGGCUGUA